UUGAGUUUUCGGGGGUCUAACAUUAUAGGGCAGCGUAAGAUCAGCCCAGGCCUUACAACAACUGUUAUCUGGAGGACUCCUGGGGGAAGUACUCACCCAUUGCCUGGCCUGAGAAGCUCUGUCUGUGAGGUCUGGAGAUGUAGCCCUGUCUGCCUUCCUUCCCAAAGUUUGUUGAGCACAGAGCCCAGUCCCACCUGAAUGCCCAGUGAAGGGGUUUAUUUCUCUUAGAGAGCAGAGUAAGAAGGAUUAUACUCAGGUCAUCAGUGUAAGCGUUUCGACAGCUGGGAUGGAUGGACCAGAUGGAUUCUGACAUUCUGGAGCCAAAGAAUACUGAGUGUUACAGCCCGGAUAGAAAGGGUCGUCUCUGCUCCAGUGAAAGAAGGUCUCGCCCAAACCUCAUUCAAGAGAUUUAUUGGGAGGAAGAAUCCUGGAGAGUGGCUGCCACCCUGCCAGAGGACAGCCCAGUAGCCCCAACAGCCACAAACUGAACAGACACAGGGUUUAUAUAGAUUCCUGGAGCUGGGCCUGGUGCUUGGUUGUGGAUCUCUGCAUCUGGUUCCAUCAAUUACUGGAUGAAGGCUCUAUGAUGUGUGGGCGUAUUCAAACCUUGGGGCCCCCUGUGGAAGUCACAGGACAAAUUGCUGGAGUCAGUUUUCGGCUUCUACCAGGCUUCCUGUUAGAGGCCUUCGAAGCAGGAGGAUCUUGGGAGAUCUGAGGUCAUACAUUUGAGCAAUUGAGAGAAUUCCGGAGGCUGUAAGGUAAAGAGGAAGGACUUUGCGUUAGCUACAGUGUCUUGAGAAAGUAUUUCGUCACUCCGAGCCUCAGUUUCCCUGGGUGUCAAGUGGCUCCUUCUGUGCAGCAUGUCGACUUCGGAGGGAACCAAUUUAUUCAACAGGUGGCAAUUCCCAAGCUCCACCCCCCGGGCUGGGAAACCCGGCCGCUGACGGUCCGCGGUCCCCCGGGCCCAGACCCUGGGCUGCCCCGCGUUGUCUCCCCCGUCCACACGCUACGAGCCUGGAAUGCAGCUCUCCAACAGGGCGGCAGCCAGGGAGGCGGCGAGACGCGACCGGCUGGCCGCGGACCUCCGCUGCAGCCUCUUCGUCUCGGCGCUGCAGAGCUACAAGCGGGACUCGGUGCUGCGGCCCUUCCCCGCCUCCUACGCCCGCCACGACAGUAAGGACUUCGAGGCCCUGCUUGCUGAUGCUGGCCGGUUACCCAACCUGAAGGAACUUCUCCAGUCCCCCAGAGACACAGACAAACAGGCCUGGGACCUGGUGAGCUGGAUUUUAUCUUCAAAGAUCCUGACAAUCCACAGCGCAGAGAAGGCAGAGUUUGAAAAGAUCCAGAAGCUGACUGGUGCCUCUCACUUGCCUGUUCCCACUCCGGACUUCCUAUUUGAAAUUGAGUACUUUGACCUGGCCAACACCAGAUUUUAUGAGACCAAAGGAGAACGAGACCUCAUCUAUGCCUUCCAUGGCAGCCGCCUGGAGAACUUCCACUCCAUCAUCCACAACGGUCUACACUGCCACCUAAACAAGACAUCUUUGUUUGGAGAAGGGACCUACCUCACAAGUGACUUGAGCCUGGCCCUCAUUUACAGUCCUCACGGCCAUGGGUGGCAACAUAGCCUCCUUGGCCCAAUCCUUAGCUGUGUAGCUGUGUGUGAGGUCAUCGAUCAUCCCGAUGUCAAGUGCCAAACCAAGAAGAAGGAUUCCAAGGAGAUUGACCGCAACAGAGCAAGAAUCAAGCACAGCGAAGGGGGAGAUGUCCCUCCUAAGUACUUUGUAGUUACCAAUAACCAGCUUCUGCGGGUGAAAUACCUUCUGGUGUAUUCCCAGAAGCAGCCCAAGAGGGCCUCAAGCCAGCUCUCCUGGUUGUCCAGCCAUUGGUUCAUGGUCAUGAUGUCCCUGUAUCUGCUGCUGCUGCUCGUUGUGAGUGUCACCAACUCCUCUGCUUUCCAACACUUCUGGAACCGAGCGAAGAGAUGAUCACAGGCACUUGGAGUGGGGGCCACUCACCGUGUGCCUUACGGAAGCUUGUCCUCUACCUCCUGUAUCUCAUAUCCAGCCAGGUCCAGUUUGGGGACCAGAUGCAGGGGGGUACACAGGACAGUUUUCAUAUGCCAUAAAUGUACUGAUUGUCCAGCCACAGUUCAGUCAAUGGGGACCCCUGGCCCCUCACUUGUCAGUUUCAGGGUACCCUCCCAUCUGCUUUUUCCUAAAUAGUCUAGGGAGGUGGCUCUUAAGCCAGGGCCAAAGGGAAAAGUAACUCCUGUUGCAUUUAAAAGCAAAGUGUCCAAGCUGUCGGUGGUGUGUUUACAAUCAUUCAGAUGGAGGCUGGCCCUUUCUCUAAUGCCUUUUGGAAGACAGAAUGUGUGCAACGGGGGUGAUAAAUCAUUAGGCGGUUGCCUUGUUUUGACUCGAGAUACCCAAGAGGGACAGUCGUGUUUCCCAUAAAAAUCAGUGGGAUCGUUUGAGGAUUCCAUCAGCUUUAGUCUGCGGGUGUAAAACAUUUGAAUGGUUUUUCUCAGAUCAACAAAUGAUUUCUGCUACAGCUGUACCUCCCUCCCUUCUCACCACACAAGAGAAGGAGCCACAGCAGGAUAACAAAAUGCAGACCUAACAACUAGCAACUCCUUCAUCCUUUUCUAAAAAUGACCAACUGCUGAUUACAGCUGAAAAGGAACCAAAUGUUUGUUUUCUGUUUUUGUUGUUGUUUGUUUUUAAGUAACUGACAAAUUAGCCUCUGUGAGCUGAAUAAAAGGGGAGAUGUCUAAACUGGGAGCACCAUGUGGCCUGGGUCCACAGCCUCUUUCAUGGCUGUGUUCUAGAGCGAAGGAUCCAAGCCAUAGGCUCACUAGGGUCAUCAUUCCCACAAAGCUGCCUUGAUAUACAACACUCUCGGCCUUCAGGGGCCCACGGGCCUUCAAGACAGAAUCCUGCCUCAGUUGGCUAUGUAUCUUCAUUGUCUGAGUCUCCCUUGGAGGAGCCCUCAUCUUUGGGACUCAUCCUGAGCUUCAGUGUGUGAACAGAGAGCCCCAGCUAUCUGUGCUGUGUUGUUUAGUUCCUCCUUCCUGCCAGGCUUCAACCAGGAAAGAACCGUGUUGAAUGAAAAUGAAGUUUCCAUAGAGAAGGAGGAAAUCAUUUUCUACAAUUUGUAAAGUUUGUGUAAAAGCCACUAUUAUGAUUUUUAAAUCAAAUAGUGGGACAUUUAAAAAAACAAUAAAGAUAUUUUCCUAAAUACCAA